CCUUUCCAUUUUAGAGAAUAAAUCCCUUCAAUGAGCUUUUGCUUUUUCCUAACUUAGCUAAGUGAUCCGUUGCAUGUUUUGAGCUGGAAUUAAGUACCAGCAAAUGGUUCCUUCGUGGAAAUGGCAAUGUUUGAGCAAAAGUAGAAGCUGUGGUUGUCUAUGAGGGCGAUAAAACCUUGGAUAUGGCUGCCAAGAAGCAGAAACGUCUCUUUUGAUGGGGGUACACAUGGCUUUAAGAUGAAGCCGCUGCCUUUUAUGGUAAUUGUGUGUAUACUUAUGGUGGUCAUUGUGUGGAGAACCACUAAUUAUCAGUAUCAACAUGCUGAGAUGGAAAACAGAUUUCGUCCUUUUGGCACACUAAAGGAUUCUGAACUGGCUUCUGUCAAUCUGGACUAUUUACCUCAUGGUAUCAUUCAAGCAAACUCAGAUCUGGAGCUGAAGCCUUUAUGGUUGAAAAGUCGUUCCAGGUCAAAGGUUGAUAUUCCUAGUCAUCCAAGCUUACUGGCAAUUCCAGCUGGAAUUAAGCAGAAAAAAAAUGUUGAUACCAUUGUUCAAAAGUUUUUUGCAGAAAAUUUUACUGUUAUACUGUUUCACUAUGAUGGUAAUGUGGAUGGUUGGCGGGAUUUAGCGUGGAAUAACAAGGUCAUUCACAUAGUUGCUCUCAACCAAACAAAAUGGUGGUUUGCUAAGCGUUUUCUACAUCCUGAUGUCGUCUCCAUUUAUGAUUACAUAUUUCUUUGGGAUGAGGAUUUGGGAGUAGAAAAUUUUCACCCAGGAAGAUACUUGGAAAUUAUGAAAUCAGAAGGACUAGAGAUAUCUCAGCCGGCUUUGGACCCUAAUUCAACAGGGAUACAUCACAGAAUUACCAUCCGGGAAAGAAGAAAGCAGAUCCAUAGAAGAGUCUAUGACACUCGUGGCAAGGUGAAGUGUUCAGAUGCCAGUGAUGAACCACCUUGCACUGGAUUUGUGGAGGGUAUGGCCCCCGUGUUUUCAAGAUCUGCUUGGCGUUGUGCUUGGCAUCUUAUCCAGAAUGAUCUUGUUCAUGGUUGGGGAAUGGAUAUGAAACUUGGUUACUGUGCUCAGGGUGAUCGAACAAAAAGGGUGGGAGUCAUUGAUAGCGAAUUCAUUGUUCAUCAAGGGAUACCAACCCUCGGGGGACAUUCAGCCAUAAAGGCAUCUAAAGAUACUCAUCACAUGAAGAGAGGAGGUGUUCCAGCAGUUGAUGUGCGAUCAGAGAUAAGGAGACAAUCAACAUCGGAGCUUCAAAUCUUUCGAAAGCGUUGGGACCAGGCUGUCAAAGAGGACAAUAAAUGGAUUGACCCCUUCAAGAAAAGGCAAAGAUGACACUGGCUCAGCUAAAAGGUUUUCCACUUUUUUUUGUUAAAUUUAUUCAUUCUUUUGUCCAACUCUCCGCUUCCUGUUUCUCAUGUCAUUUUAUUCAGUCUGUUGAGGUUCAUUGAAUCGCAGAUAUAUAGUUUU